AGGGCGGGACCUGGGGCAGUGGGCGGUGGCCCCGCCCGGUUUCCUCCCCUUGGGGCAGCGGAGGCGACUCAGAGCCAACAAGGGGUGCAGCGGGAUCAGCAGCAUGAGGCGCGGGGCGAGGAGCCCUAGGGGCAGGGACGCGCCAGCCCCCACGCAGUGCGUCCAGGCCCAGUGCUUUGACCCGCUGGUCCGAAACUGUGUGGCCUGCAAGCUGUUCCGGACGCCGGAGCCGGGACCGGGUAAGAGCGGACGCGCUCCGAGGGCUGGCCCACAGGGCGGCCUCGGCGAAGAGGGGGAAGGUGCCGCCACCACGGAAGCCGCGCUGCCGCUCCCCGCGCUGCUCUUCGGCGCCCCCGCGCUGCUGGGCCUGGCGCUGGCCCUGGUCCUGGUGGCCCUGGUGAGCUGGAGGCAGCGGCGGCGGCGGCGGCGGCCCCCCGGGCCGGCUUCCCCAGAGGCCCGGGACAGAGAGCAGGACGCACCAGAACCCCUGAACAGUGUCAUCCUCUCUCCUGGAGCCCUCGAUGCCACAGCUCCCAUCUGGCCUCCACCUACAGAAGACUCAGCCACCACUCCACCUGCCCACAGCGUCCCUGUGCCAGCCACAGAGCUGGGCUCCACUGAGCUGGUCACCACCAAGACAGCCGGCCCUGAGCAACAGUAGUGACGGAAGGGGCAGGAGGGGCCCCUGCUCUCUGUGGGUCGUCAGCCAGGGAGUUGGAGAUUGAAUUCUCCUCUUCACCCCCGUGCCCACCUGCCCCUUUUCUGGGAGCCAGGCUGCUCCCCAGCUAAUCCCGCAGCACCACAGACAGCACAGGCGAGAGGCAUGGAGUCUAUGGUGUAUCAUGGUUUGACUUAAAACUCCAUCUUUCGGAGCCCUCGAAGGUUGUGACUGAGCUCCUGUGGUUUUGGUCGGUUGGGGCACUUUGACUAGGGGGCUUCUCUUUUAGAGCGGAGAAGCCCCCGUUAAACAAAAUGAACUUAUGGAAAGGGUCAAGCAAGUGUAAUUUGUAGCUGGGGGUUGUCUUUAAUUCUUGCUCUCAGAGCUGUUUUCUGCUUUGAAACCGAGGCAAAUGGCAGCAAUGAUGCCCAAAAAACACAAUUGGUAGGUUUGCUUUGACAUUGAAUACAAGAUGGUUUUUAAGAAAUAGUUUAGAUUGUGCUGAUUCUCAAGUAUCUGUACCUCAGUGUCAGCCCUGAGCUUGGCCCAAUCCGCUUGGAUGUAUGAUGUCAUUUUCACCCCCGGUAGCAGCUUCCAGAGCCCAAGGCUUGCACUUGGGAGGAAGUCUACAGCCUCUGGGGCUGGACUGUAAACGCACACUGAGUGCACACUGACAGGCAUCUUCCUCAGAGACCACGUGGUGUUCCAGCCGCCUCCAAGGCACACUCAGCCAUUCACAGGGCAGGGCCCAGGAUCUACAGGAUGCUUCUUCAUACAGAGGCCAGGCCAGGCCCGUAGCCUCGAUACAGCUGAACCUGAUGUCCCUUGAGCUCUCUUCACUGUGUGGCCUGCCCUCUUCAAGCACUGGGCCUGAGUGCCGGUGUCACUUGGCCAUUCUGUGCCAGCCUCUGGAGUCCCUCACCAUCCCAGUGGAACUGUUCCUCUGACAGUGGUGCCACUAGCUCUGGGCCUGGGGCUGAGACUGUCUCUUCCAGUUCUGGACCACACCGUACACUUGGUCAGCCACUGCCUCUCCUGCCAGCCUUCCUACACAGAGUUAGAACCUCUUGACCCAGAAUGCACCCUGGACAACGCCCUUGGAAGCAUCACUGGACUGGAAGUCAGAAGAUGGGAUUCUGGGUACCAUCUUGUCCCACUGUGGGACAUGGCCGCAUUGUUUCAUGCUCAGAUGCUGUCUGCUCACCUCUCCCUGACUUGCCAUCGGAGUGGCCUGCCAUACACCUGCCCUUCCUGCACACCUCUUUCCCAGCUCAGCAGGCAGCAGCAUUGACAGCCCUCAGGACCUGGACCCGCACGUCUAAAUUUCUUGCUGGUCACUCCCCGCCGAACUCAUCUCAGAUGCCCCUCCCUCCAGAAAGCCAGGUGGCUGGGGUGAGGUCAGGUGGCAGGCAGUAGGCAGGAGGGUGAGGGGCAGGCCCAGAAUGGCCCCAGCCAUCCACUCCCUUCUUUCUCCCCGUGGGAGGAGUCUGAACUGUUUCUGGCCACCCCAUCCCCCACCCCACCUUUUCCACCAGAGCUGGGGGCCUGGCCCUGGAGAUGAAACAAGUGGGUGAAACCCCUCUGGGGCCCAGACAUGCAAACCUCUGGCACCACUGUGUCCCAACUGAAACCCUGGCCCUCCAGUAUCAGUUUCCUUUUCUGAAAAAUGGGGGGUUGGAUGCAAAAUUCUCCUCUUGGUGCAUGGCCAUCAGAGGAGGACUGGAAGGCACCCCUCCUCAUUUUACAGAUUAGGAAACUGAGGCCCAGAGAAGAAGACUUGGCAUCAGUCAUCCGGCAAAUAACAGAAGAGAAGUUCAUUGGGGAAGAACCAGGAGCAGAGGCCAGGGGAGAGGCAAGCAGGGGGUCAGUCUCCCCCGGCCCCCAAAAGGAACCCCAACUCCCAGGGGCCUCCAGUCUCUGGCCUUCCAUCCUAGUUAGUGUUUUCUAAGGCGCCUCCUCAAGGUUAUCUCAUUUGAUCUUAAUAAUAGCACCUGAAGUCUACAGCCACGCUCCCCUGAAUGGGCCCGAUCUUGUCUGAUCUCGGAAGCUAAGCUAAGCCUGGUUAGUAGUUGGAUGGGAGACCACCUAGGAGUACCAGGUGCUGUAGGUGUUAAAAAUAAUAAUAAUAAAAAUA